AGCAGGCACAGCCAUGGUCCACUGACAGGUCGAUGAGAGCAGACGCGAGGAUGACCUACGCACCUUCAUCACCCACUCUGUCCUCAGGACCGAGGCAGAGGCAGUAGGUUAACGGCUCCAUGUCCCUCUCGCAGAAGACCCACAGACUGGCUCUGCUUUAGGCCCCCUCGCUCUCGCGCUUCGCAGCGACAACCUUUUCGCCACUUGGCCUUGGACAACGCUGAUUUCUCAGGAGAAGGGGUUUGAGCACAGCUUUCCCCCUGGAUUACUUGUGGAGAUUAGUCAUGGGGAAUGCGGCUGGAGGGGGCUUGGAGCAGGAGCCGGGCGACGGCCGCGAGGCCCGCAACCCGGCCGGCGCGGCCGCAGGGAUGAGCGACCCCGCACCGCUGGUGCAGAAGAAGCAGCCGGCGGCCCCCAAACUGCCCAUGCCCCCGGAGGAGGAGCUGGAGGAGCGCUUCAACGUGGUGCUGAACAACAUGAACUUGCCCCCAGACAAGCUGAACCUCCUGAGUCAGUACGAUAACGACAAGAAAUGGGAACUAGUCUGUGAUCAGGAGCGGUUCCAAGUGAAGAGCCCCCCGUCCACGUACCUGACCAAGAUCAAGAGCUUCUACCAGGACCAAGGGGGGGUGUCUCGCAGGCAUAAGAAAAGAAUCCAAGAAGCAACUCAGGUUCUCAAGAACUUGGAAAUAUCUCUUCGAACAAAUCACAUUGGGUGGGCCCAGGAGUUCCUCGACGAUGAGAACAACGGCUUGGACGUCCUGGUGGAAUAUCUGUCGCACGCUCAGAGCGACGUGUUCGAGGUGGAGAACGCGGAGAAUGGCGGCACCUUGUCGGACAGGGCCAAGCCGGCGGAGCGCUCCAUGGAGGAUUUGACCAGGAGCUCCAGCAGCUCUCACUCCCACGGGAUGAGCAGGGCAGCUCGAGCGCUGACCGUGAGAAUAACCACGCUGAGCAGCAAGAUGCACAGGAAGUCCCACUCCUCCAGCCAGAGGGACGACGUGCACGUUUGCAUCAUGUGCCUUCGGGCCAUUAUGAACUACCAGUCUGGAUUCAACCAGGUGAUGACUCACCCGCGCUGUGUCAACGAGAUCACCCUCAGCCUCAACAGCAAGAACCCCAGGACCAAGGCCCUGGUGCUGGAGCUGCUGGCCGCGGUGUGUCUCGUCAGAGGCGGACACGACAUCAUCCUUUCCGCUUUUGACAACUUCAAAGAGGUGAGCAAAGAAAAGAACCGCUUUGAGAAGCUGAUGGAGUACUUCGUCAACGACGACAGCAACAUUGACUUCAUGGUGGCCUGUAUGCAGUUCAUUAACAUUGUGGUCCACUCCGUGGAGAACAUGAACUUCCGCGUCCAUCUCCAGUACGAGUUCACGCACCUCGGAUUAGACAAGUAUCUGGAGCAUGUGAGGCAAACCGAGAGCGAGAAGCUGCAGGUCCAGAUCCAGGCCUACCUGGACAACGUGCUGGACGUGGGAGCGCUGCUGGAGGACGCUGAGAACCGCGGUGGAGUGUUGGACCAUGUGGAUGAGCUGCAGCACCACAACGUGCAGCUGAGCGCCCGCCUUCAGGAGAUCGAGACCCACACGGGGGAGAGAAUGUCUGAACUGGAAACUCAGCUCAUGCAGGCGACCAAAGAGGCCGAGCUGCUCAAAGAAAGCCUGCGAGAGUCCUGUUCCCAGGUUAGUACUUUGCAGCAGAGAGAGAGGGAGCGGGAGCUGGACAGGGAGCGGGAGAAGGACAGGGAGCGUCUGAGCGCCUCCCCCCAGACCCUCUCAGAGCUGGAGCAGAAGAUCCAGGAGCUGCAGGACAAGGGCCUGAUCCAGCUGGGACGCAGUCCCUCCGGAGGCCUGGACAUCCAGGUGGUGCCCGUCAAAGUGGUGGAAUAUGUCCAAGUGCCCGCUCCUGCCCCUCAGCCCAGCGCCUCCCCAGUGUCUGAUCAGCCUGCCUCCGCGCCGCCACCUCCUCCACCACCUCCCGCACCAGUAGCUUCUAUCGGGAUCCCACCUCCACCGCCACCUCCUCCUCCCCCAGCAGGAGCAGGCCCCCCACCACCUCCUCCUCCUCCACCUGGAUCUGGACCCCCACCUCCUCCUCCCCCACCCGGCUCUGGGCCGCCACCUCCUCCUCCCCCACCAGGAGCCGGCCCCCCGGCUCCUCCCCCUCCUCCUCCUCCUCCACCCGGCUCUGGACCCCCACCUCCUCCUCCUCCGCCCGGCUCUGGACCCCCACCUCCACCAGGUUGUGGCCCUCCACCUCCUCCAGGAGCACCAAACGCAUCUGGUAUGAAAAGUAAGAAGGCCAUCCAGACCAAGUUCAGGAUGCCAUUGUUAAACUGGCAGGCCCUAAAACCAAACCAGAUCACAGGCACCGUCUUCAAUGAGCUGGAUGAUGAGCAGAUUUUAGGGGAGCUAAACAUGGACAUGUUUGAGGAGCACUUCAAAACCAGGGCCCAAGGUAACCCUGCAGACCUAUCCAAUAAGAAGAAGAAGGUGUCCCAGAAGGCCCCCAGCAAGACCUCUCUGAUGGACCCCAACAAGGCCAAGAAUCUGGCUAUCACUCUACGGAAGGGAGGCAUGGACCCAUCUAAAAUCUGCAGCGCCAUAGAGACGUACGACCAGGAGUCUUUGAAGCUAGAGUUCCUAGAACUGCUGGAGCCCUUCAUUCCGUCAGAUUUCGAGAUGAAGCUGCUGCUCAACUACGAGAAGGACGGUCGACCGAUCGAGGAACUGGCGAACGAGGACCAGUUCAUGCUGCGUUUUGGGAAGAUUCCUCGUCUGAACCAGCGAAUCAACACCCUCACCUUCAUGGGCAACUUCCCUGAGACGGUCAAACGCCUGCAGCCGCAACUGAACUCCAUCAUCGCUGCGUCCAUGUCUAUCAAGUCCUCCAGCAAACUGAAGAAGAUCUUGGAAAUCGUUCUGGCCUUCGGUAACUAUAUGAACAGCAGCAAGAGGGGAGCAGCGUACGGCUUCCGGCUGCAGAGUCUGGACCUUCUGCUGGAGACCAAGUCCACAGAUCGCUCGCAGACGCUGCUUCAAUUCAUCACUAACAUCAUUGAGGAGAAAUACCCCGAUCUGACUGAUUUUCACACUGACCUGCGCUUCGUGGACAAGGCCGCCCUCGUAUCCCUGGACAGCAUUCUUCAGGACAUCCGCUCUCUGGAACGCGGAAUGGAAAUGACCAAAAAGGAGUUUCUGGUACAGGACGACAGCCCCGUUUUAAAGGAAUUCAUCAAAACAAACUGCGAGCACCUGGAGUCCUUGAUCAAAGACAGCAAGACGGCACAGGAGGCUUACGUCUCCGUGGUGGAGUAUUUCGGAGAGAAUCCCAAAACCACUCAGCCGUCCAUGUUUUUCCCGCUCUUUGGCCGCUUCAUUAAGGCUUACAAGACGGCGCAGCAGGAGAUCCAACAGAGAAAGAAAGCGGCGAGUGAGAGUGCAGAGGAAAAGCAGUCGCCUUCUCCGAACAAGGCGGCGGCUCAAAAGGGGCCCGCGACGCCCAAGAUGCCGCAGAUGGACCUGAUAGCGGAGCUGAAGAAGAGGCAGGUGAAGCCGCCGGUGCGCGAGGGGAAGGACGGCGCCCUGGAGGACAUCAUCACGGAUUUGAGGAACACGCCGUUCAGGCGCGCAGAUGGUCGACGACCAGCGCAGCGCCAGGACACAUGAGCCCUUUCUGGUCCAAGACGGUGUAAUGUUAUUCCUGGAAUCACAGUCACGCAUACAGACACACUGUAUAUGCAGAUUUUCGACUAUAUAAUUAACUAUAAAGCUUUGUAUAUGUUUACAUUUUACUGUUUUAGUGCUCUGUAAAUAGAGUUUAAAAUAUUCUGUUAAUGCAACAAUACACAGAUUUAAUGCUGGAUCUAAAAACAUUUUCUUACUACUUUAUAUGCUAUUACAUUCAAAGUGUUACCUAAAACAAAUCAUGCCAUCAUUUCAAAAUAAACCCAUUUUGUACAUGUGCUGAACCGAUACGCUACCUGUAUCCCAGUUUCCCGAAUUUUACAGAAUGACACAAUGCAAUUCUGACCAAGUAUUAAAAAAAGUAUCAGACAUCA